AUGCUAGUCAGUCCCGCGUUUAUAGAUUCAAAGUGGAAACACAAUCUUGUCUGGGCUUUAUCAAAAAUUGUGCGUCCUGGUAUUAAUACACUUGAUAUAGUGUUUGUGCAAUCAGCCUUGAGAGGCCUGUGCUCAGUGCUGCAUUUAGGUGAUUCAAAAUUGAAUAUUGAUGCAGUUUGGGCAAUAGCAUGUAUAGCUGAUGAUGUUGCUGGUGGUAUUCAGAUUGAUGCAGUUCUUCAUACGCCACAAUUGCUGCACCAGUUAUUAGAGCUUGUAGAACGCAAAGAAACUAGACGUCCUGCACUACAAGCUCUCGGAAAUCUUGUCGUGGGAAGUGACGAUCAAACACAAAAAGUUCUCGAUGCUGGCUUAUUACCACGUGUCAUCAAAGUAUUCCAAAAUGAUAUUACAAUUGACCAAAAAUUGGUAAUAUUGGAGAUUUUGAGUAAUAUUGCUGCGGGGUCAAGCGAGCAAAUCGAUAUGCUUUUUGAUACGGAUGGCAUUGUUGAACUGCUCAUGAACACAUUUGAUUGUGAUGACUGUCGCAUUCGUAAGGAGGUUGGCUGGACGGUAGCAAAUGCUUUGACUGGAGCAAGUAUGGACCGCUUUCGUUGGCUCUGCAGCAGUAACAUACUACACAUCGUACCGGAGGUUCUUAAUUUGCGAAAUGAACGCAAUUUAAUUGAACGUAUACUGUUUGCUCUUGAGGUUCUGGUCGAAAAAAAUACUUAUGUACCUUUUUUGCAGUAUUAUAAAAUAUUGCAAAAAGUACGCGAAAUUGCUGAAAGCAGUCCAUCCGACACUAUUAUCAAGGUUUUCUGA